GCUCACCGUCGACCUCUCGUCCCGCCGGGUCGACUCCGCCCGAGUCCACGCCGGCCAUGGCUUCCCGAUCCUCACGUUCCACGAGCAGGCCGCCCCGAGCAGCCUCGCGCAGCGGCACCCGCCGUUCCUGGAGUCGACGAGGAAGAGGGGGCUCAAGGCGGAGGAGAUAGUGUGCGGGCGUGUCACGGUGGGUUGGUACGGGCAGGAGGAAAGGGAGGUCAGUCGGAGGGUGAAGGUGAUGUGUUCCUAUCUGGACGGGACGGUGAAUUUGUACAUGAGGCCGGAGGAGGGAGUGACGGUCGCCGUUGAUCUGGACGAGAUGAGGAUCGUUGGGUUCGUGGAUAGAGUGACGGUCCCAGUGCCCAAGCCCAAUGGGACGGACUACAGCGGAUUGCAGAAGCGGGUCGGGCCUGCCCUGAAGCGGAUCGGGUUGGUGCAGCCCGAUGGCCCGAGUUUCGCUGUGGACGGGCAUAUGAUCAGGUGGGCUAACUGGGAAUUCCACUUGAGUUUUGAUGUAAGGGCGGGUCCAAUUAUCUCGCUCUCGUUGAUUUACGACGCGGAGCAGCAGGAAUUCCGGCAGGUGAUGUACAGGGGAUUCAUUUCGGAGCUAUUUGUGCCGUACAUGGACCUUACCGAGGAAUGGUACUACAGGACCUUCUUCGACGCAGGCGAAUACGGGUUCGGACUCUACGCUGUGCAGCUCGAGCCGUUACGAGAUUGCCCCGAAAACGCCGCGUUCAUGGAUGCGUACAUUGCUGGACAGGACAGGAAACCUAUCAAGAUGUCCAAUGUAUUCCGUGUGUUCGAGCGGUACGCUGGAGAUAUCAGGUGGCAUCACACUGAGCUCGGGAUUCCUGGCAAAGUGAUAAGAGAGGUGAGGCCAGAGGUAAACCUGGUGGUGAGAAUGGUCUCGACGGUCGGCAAUUACGAUUACAUUGUGGAUUGGGAGUUCAAGCAGAGCGGAUCCAUCAAAGCCACGGUAGGGCUAACCGGUCUACUGGAGGUUAGGGGUUCGAACUACACUCACAAUGACCAGAUAGCGGAUGAAGAAUACGGCGUACUAUUAGCAGAAAACACCUUGAGCGCGCCACAUGACCAUUUCCUCAUCUUCCACCUCGAUCUCGACAUCGACAGUGAUUCCAACUCCUUUGUCAAGUUCGUCUUCAGACAGACCCCAGUGACAGAUCGCCGGUCCCCCAGGAAAAGCUAUUGGAGUGUCGUUAGCGAAACAGCUAAGACCAAGUCCGACACAAAGAUCAAACUAGGCUCGGAGCAGGUGGAGCUGUUGGUGGUAAACCCGGGGAAGAAGACUAAGGUAGGGAAUCGGGUCGGUUACCGCCUAAUCCCUGGAUCAAUAACGCAGCCCCUCCUAUCGGACGAUGAUUAUGCCCAGAUCCGCAGAGCGUUUACCAAGUACAACGUGUGGGUGACGCCAUACAACACGUCUGAGAAGUGGGCUGGUGGAUUGUACACGGAUCAGAGCAACGGCGAGGACACAUUAGCCACAUGGACUCAAAGAAACAGGGCAAUGGAGAACAAGGACAUAGUGUUGUGGUAUACCUUGGGGUUCCCUCAUGCCCCGUACCAGGAAGAUUUUCCACUGAUGCUGACAUUGAGCAGCGGGUUUGAGCUCCGACCGGCCAAUUUCUUCGAGAGCAACCCGGUACUCAGAGUUAUACCGCCUGGAGUGGUUGAGUGGCCAAAUUGUUCCAUACCUUCCGUUAUUUAGAUUUGACAAAUUGAUCUUCAGGAACAGGGUGACCAUGGUCACCUGCUUCGACUUCAAUAAGCUGUGUCGAGCUUGUGAAUUGCCUCUCAAUCGAUAGCUGAAAAUUAGAAGAACCCUGAUCCUUGGGGAU